AUGGUUAACUGGAAAAUUUGUGAAACUAACUCCCGCAUCUACUGCUGGUUUUUUCAGGUAAUAACAGUGUUAAUUUUGGUUUCUGUAGUUAUAUGGCGCUGUCUAAUCCCAAGAAAUCCAUCUUUCACCAUUGCAAACAUAUACUUUCCUUCUCUAAAUUCUAAGAAUUCCUCUGUUGGAAACUCUUCUCUAAUACUUUUCGAUUUCAAAAUCUUGAAUCCUAACAAAGGUAUUAGCAUAUACUAUGAUGGGAUCUCCUUGAGUUUAUAUUUCAAAGAUGUCUUUGUUGGGACAAAUUCUACGCCACCAUUUUAUCAAGGGCACAAGAACAAUACUUCAUGGAAAAUACCUAUAAAGGCUGACCCAGCCGUGGUCGACCGGAAUUUUCAGCAAGGACUAAGAGGUGGAAAUAUAGAUUUUAAAGUGGGGGUGGAAACUGCAGUUAAGUUUAAGAUAUUCAGCUGGAAAACAAAGGAGCAUCAGAUAGGAUGUGAAGCAUAUUUUACCAGUAUGAAAAUCAGUUUCAAUGGGAGCUUAUCAGGUGGGAAUGAUAUGAAGCUGCACCAGAUACGAAAGCCACGUUCUAGAGUGUGUAAUUGA